AUGGCUACUAAUAUCACAUGGCAUGCCAACUUGACUCACCAAGAGAGGGCUGGUUUGAGAAAACAACAAGGUGUGACUGUGUGGUUAACAGGGUUGUCUGCGAGUGGAAAAUCGACCAUAGCUUGUGCUUUGGAGCAGUCGAUUUUGGGUCGCGGGUUGAAUUCAUACAGACUCGAUGGUGACAACGUUAGGUUUGGAUUGAACAAGGAUCUUGGGUUCAGCGAAGCAGAUAGGAACGAGAACAUCAGAAGGAUCAGCGAGGUGGCAAAACUAUUCAGUGAUAGUUGCUGCACAACAGUUACUUCCUUCAUCAGUCCGUACAAGGCAGAUAGAAACUUGGCAAGAGAGCUACAUGAAAAAGAUAACUUGCCCUUUGUUGAGGUUUACGUCGAUGUUCCCAUUAGUGUAGCAGAGGAAAGAGAUCCAAAAGGAUUGUACAAGAAAGCUAGAGAGGGGAUAAUCAAGGAGUUCACUGGGAUUAGUGCACCCUACGAGCCACCAGAAACUCCAGAGAUCCACAUUAAAAACCACUCCGGUCUCACAGUCGAGGAAGCUGCACAACAGAUCUUGGACUAUCUUAUUGAAAAAAAAUACAUCUCCUGA